UCAUGUGUUUCUCAGCAUCUCCUGAACAUGUUCGUGCACUCCUCUCCAUGCACAAAUCCACGCUGACUCCCUGCUGAUGUGACAGACUGGUUUUAUGCCGCCAGAGAGAUGGAUUAAUGAUCUCAGCAAAAAAGCUGGCAUGUUCAAGAGAUUUAAUUUUUUUUUUUUUAUGUAACAGUUUUAGCCAAAGCCGUUCUAGGGUUGAACGGAAGCAGAGUUUCCCAGGAGGGCAAACUUCUUGACUAAUGGCCAAUCUCUAACAGCACGGAAGGCAAAGCCUGGUGUUUGUGUCAUGGCCUGGUGGGUGGUGUGUGUGGGUGGAAGAGGCACCAGAAUCAAAUAGUGACUCGGAAAAUCAGCCUCACCAACCAUGCCCUUGCAGCCCCUCGGAGCAGCACCGUCAGGAGGCUGAAGACGGAAUCAAUGGUUGAGCCAGGGAAGACCUGCCCCAUUGAAGGUCACUGGAAAGCAGGCUGUUGCAUCGUAGACAUAGACAAAAUGCCUUAUUUUACAAGACUCAUUUUGUUUUUGUUUUGCCUGAUGGUUCUUGUGGAGAGCAGAAAGCCCAGGAGGAAGAGAUGGACAGGACAGCUGGAAAUGCCCAAGCCAAGUAACUCUUACAAAAAGAACCUCGACAUGACCAAAAUCGGAACAGGAAAACCUCAGCAGCUUCUCAGAGUGGAUGACCACGACUUCAGCAUGAGGCCAGCCUUUGGAGCUUUCCCCUUCAGAUCACAUGCCUUCUUCUUGAAAGACACCUUCAUUUGGGGCCCUGCCAUCCCAGUGGGUGUGGACGUGCAGGUGGAGAGUCUGGACAGCAUCUCUGAAGUGGACAUGGACUUCACCAUGACUCUGUACCUGCGGCAUUACUGGAAGGAUGAGAGGCUGGCCUUCCCCAGCACCAGCAACAAGAGCAUGACCUUUGAUGGACGGCUGGUGAAGAAGAUCUGGGUCCCAGAUGUGUUCUUUGUUCACUCCAAAAGGUCAUUCAUUCACGACACCACCACUGACAACAUCAUGCUGAGGGUGUUCCCAGAUGGUCAUGUGCUGUACAGCAUGAGGAUUACCGUCACUGCCAUGUGCAACAUGGACUUCAGCCACUUUCCCCUGGACUCCCAGACCUGCUCUUUGGAGCUGGAGAGCUAUGCAUAUACAGAUGAAGAUCUGAUGCUGUAUUGGAAGAAUGGGGAUGAAUCCCUGAAAACAGAUGAGAAAAUCUCCUUGUCUCAGUUUCUGAUUCAGAAAUUUCACACAACUUCCAGACUGGCCUUCUACAGCAGCACCGGCUGGUACAACCGACUAUACAUUAACUUCACGUUGCAUCGACACAUCUUCUUCUUCCUGCUCCAAACCUAUUUCCCUGCCACCCUGAUGGUCAUGCUGUCCUGGGUGUCCUUCUGGAUUGACCACAAAGCUGUGCCCGCCAGAGUUUCACUAGGCAUCACGACGGUGCUGACCAUGUCCACCAUCAUCACGGGCGUGAACGCCUCCAUGCCCCGCGUGUCCUACAUCAAGGCGGUGGACAUCUACCUCUGGGUCAGCUUUGUGUUCGUGUUCCUCUCGGUGCUGGAGUAUGCAGCGGUCAACUACCUGACCACGGUGCAGGAGUGGAAGGAACGGAAGCUGCGGGAGAAGGUCCCAUGCAUGUGUGGAAUGCCUCAUUCCAAAACCAUGAUGCUGGAUGGAAGCUGCAGUGAGUCUGAGGCCAACAGCCUGGCUGGGUACCCAAGAAACCAUAUUCUGACAGAAGAAGAAAAGCAAGAUAAAAUAGUGGUCCACCUGGCCCUGGGCAGUGAGUCUAGCUCCUCCAGGAAAAGGGGGCUUCUCAAGGGCCAGGUGGGGCUCCGCCUCUUCCAGAACACCCAUGCCAUUGACAAAUACUCCAGGUUGAUAUUCCCUGCCUCCUACAUAUUUUUCAAUUUAAUUUAUUGGUCAGUGUUUUCCUAGGGGCUCCAAGGCCAUGCCUAUGUAAGGCAUGGACAUCCAUUGGUGGACACACACAUAGAGCAGAAGCUCCUGGACCACCAUGAGCAGCACCCCCUUCUCAGAAGAGCCCGGGGGCCUUCUGGCUGCCCUCACCCUGACCUCGUGGGUUUACUCCUUGUUUGCACUGUGUCUGUGUCACUCUUUACACCUUUCUGAACAGAACUGUCUUCUGCUCUUGCAUGAGAACUUGUUCACAAGAAAUCCCCUCCUGUUAAAAGAGAGAGAGAGAGAGAGAGAGAGAGAGAGAGAGAGAGAUUCUAAUGCCUCCAAGAUGUUCCAAGACCCUCAUAAACCUAGAAUUCAGCUGUGAAAGGGUAGGGAAAAUGACAGGCAGGCUUACGAGUGUUUUAAGUAGGAGACAGGAAAUAGGGAACAAAAUAUUUGUGAACCCAUACAACUGGAUUAAGUGCCUAGAAAGGAAAAUAAGCAAACAAACUAGCUAACUAACUCAGAUCCUAGAUAGGAAGUGAUUUUGCCCAUGUCACUCUGGUAACACAUGUGAUUUUGUAAUACAUCCACCCAUCCAUUCAACCUUUCAUUAAAUAUUAAGGUCCCACCCUGUGCCAGGAACUGUGGAAAUGAACAAAGUCUCUUUCCCCAUUGAACUUCUCUAAGCUGUGCUUAUUCGACACUCAUCAUAAUGUGCUUCUGCCCCUCUGCUCCCUCAACCCUAUUUACCCUACCCCACAGACCCAUUUUGUUUACUGGUGAUUUUACUCCAGGUUUAUCUACAAAAGCAAUUCUGUCUCCAGUGAUAUCCUCAUGAAGCCAGCUCUAUGUUUCUCUCCUGGAAUCUCCAUGUGGUAGAGCCUAUGACUGGGAGAAGGAUGGGCACUUGAGAACUAGUGAGAGUACAACUUGGUUUUAGGGAGAAGGGGUGUGGGUCUGUGUGGAAACCAGUUUCAGAUACCAUCUUACUUCUGUUUCUGGGCUCUUUCCCUUCUUCUCCAGCAGAAUAGUGUCAAUAAUGAUGAUAAUUAUAAUCCCUGUGUCUAAGUCUGGUCCCCUACCCCAGUGAUCCCACCUACUCUAACCAGAAGAGCUUCACACUCUGGAGUGAUUUCUCCUUUACUUCCACAAGCUAGUGACCUUUCCUCUAAUGCAGCUAAGUCCGGAGUUAGGAAAGCAAUCUGAUUUAUUGAAUCUGUACUAAGUUGUGGGUCAUUUCUCUGAAGCCUGUUUCAGGAGAUUGCUAGAAAACUGGAGUGGAUCUCUAACUAGUGGAAUUUUAGGUGGUAUAAAGGAUAUGACUUUGCUAAGAGGGCUCUUCCUUUAAAUUACAGCACUGGGAGUCAGAAGUUGGGGGAGAUACAAGGAACACCCACCCCAAGUUUCCUUUCUCACUGAAGGACAUUGUUCUGCUUUCUUCCUCAUUGCUCCUGCCAGCUUCUUGCUAGGGUCUGAGUGUUUAGUCAAGAGUAGAAAUAUGAUCAGCAAAAGACAAGGCACACCCUGUCUUAAAACAAAUCUGGCCUGUGGAGUCUGCUCCACAGUUCAUGACUGUCGGGGGUAGGGAUUAGCUCUGAGGACUGCGGUGCACACGAAUACCAAGACCUCUAGGAGUUUUAAGUCAGGGGCCUGUGGCUACCCUCACUUGGACUGACUGUGUGGCUGCCCUAUUUAUUCCCAUUUCUCCGUUUCUUCCCCAGGGUCAUUCAUCUACUCUGUCACCUUAUAUACUCCUUGUAUAAAUCUGGUCCCAGACACUUGUCUCAUCAGUCUCUUGCUCAUGUUGAGACACAGACUCAUCAUUUUGGAUGAUCAGGCCACCAGCCUUGAUCUUCCUGUGACUUUCUGCCCACCGGUCCAGAAGCUGUGUGAUGGGGCAGGACUCAAGGAGCUGAACUCUCAGGUGGGAUAGCUCCCGGCACCGUAAUGACAUAUUUUAUCUAGGGAGACUGCAAGUUCAGUAGGUUUCUAACACCAUCUUAGGGUUUAAUAAUUCUCUAGAAGGACUCACAGAACUCAGAAAAACCAAUGUCAUCAUGGUCACAAUUAAUAACAGCAAAUGAAUAUGGACUAAAAUCAUCAAAGGGAAAGGGAGGGUCUAGGAGAGACAGGUGCAGAACUCUGAAUUGUCCUCAUCUAUUGGAGCUAUUUGGAUUUCACUUAUUUUUCCCAUCAAUGAUGUGUGACAAUGUGCAUGGAAUAGUGUCAACCAAGGAAACUCACUCAAGCUCAUCAAGGUGCACAGUUUUUUUUAUUGGAGAAGGACCACAUAGAUAUACUGAUCACCCGCAUGGCUGACUUUAGCCCCCAGCCUUUCUAGAGGUUGGGCUAACAUUCGUGGCCCAUGGUCCCAUCAUAAACUACAUUAGUAGCAUAAACUACCUAUUGUGGCCCAGGCAAAGGCCCUACUAUGAAGCAGGACAUUUUUAUGGGUUUAGAGGCUAUCUCUUGGGAGCUAGGAUCCAAGGAGCAAACAUUUUUUUGAAACACAAGGUUAAUCUUUUACUACGUGACAAUCCUUGCCAAUUCCUUACUGUUAUUGUCAAUUGCUAUGCUACUGCUAUAUAUUCAAGCAAUAAACAUUUUACAGCAGCCCUGCACUGGGUAUGAUGGGGUCCAAAUUAAGAAGAGUAGUCACAGCUCUCAAAGAGGAGAUAAGCAAAGGAAAUGGCAGAUAAAUACCUGUAAAUUUAAAAAAGUGUUGUCCUAGUCCAUUUUCUGAUGUUAUAACAAAAUGCCAAAUACUGGGUAAUUUCUGAAGUUUAUUUGGCUCACGUUUCUGCAGCCUGGGAAGUCCAAGAACAUGUCAGCAUCUGGUAAGAGCCUUCUUGCUCUUCAUGGAAGAGACUCACCUGGCAAGAUAGAGCAGGUGUGCUGGUUUGGGUCUCUCUUUCUCUUCUUAUAAAGUCAUAAUGCUAUCAUUGAAGCCUAUGCAUUUGACCUCAUCUGAUCUUGACUACCUCCCAAAGGCUCCACUUCCAAAUGUCAUUAGCAUAUUAAUUUAGCGAUCAAGUUCCCAACAAAUGAAAUUUGGAGAGAUGCAUUCAAAUCAUAAAAAGUGCUUAACACAUAAUGGUUCAAUGGAUGCUGAGAAUCUUGGAAAAGGAAAAAAAUUAAUUCCUCUUGGAAGACUGAAAGAUGGGACCUCAUGGAGAAAGCAGCCCCUGGAAUACCCCUUGAAGGAGAAAAACUGGGGCAAAAAACAUGCUACAUAUAUUCUGUCUAAUAUGGUAGCCAUUAACUACAUGUCUGUUUAAGUCUAAAUUAAAGUUAAAUGAAACUGAAAACUCAGUUUCUCAGUUGCACUAAUCACACUUUAAGUGCUCUGUUCCAUAGCCAUAAGUACUGGUGGCUACUGCAGUGGACAAUCCAAAGCUGUAGAACAUUUACACAAUGGCAGAAAGUUCUGUUAGCACUCUAGAUGAAGGGAUUGGCCUGAGCAAAGGUAUGUAGGGAGGGAGGAAAGUUUGGAACUGAAGACUCUAGUGUGGAGAAUAGGGUUUGUAGGGCAAGCUCCCUAUCAUGCUGAUGCUAAUGAGGACAACUUCCCCACCAUGGACUUGCCUUGCUCAAGACCACUGGAUUUUCCAGCCUCACAAAUCAGUGAAGAAUGAAAAUGUGCAAACAAAAAUGAUUGGACGAUACGGGGCUCUGGACUUGUUUAGAAAUCUUUCAUAUCUUGAGACUCUCCCAGGCCACAAUGCUGCUCAAAAAAUAAUAAUUACAUUAUCAUUUAAUAUGUCAUAUUGCUUUGGUUGUAAGUCUUAUUUAAAUUCAACACUAUUUUGCUUCUAACUAUGCUGUUUUCAUAAAGUAUGGUUCAUGUAACAUGGUUGCCUGUUCACAACUUAAAACAAAUAGAGUAUUUUUGCUAGUUUAUACAUUUAACUGGAGUUAACUCUAUAGCAAACAUAUUUAGAAUCAUAUACACUGUUUUGUCAUGUGGGACCAUGAUGCAAUGGUAGCACUGACUGAUUGUAAUAUAGUGGUCUGAUUCUAUUUCAGAAAGUGAAAUUAAAGGAGGUGAACUAGAGACAACAACAAUAGUAGGAAUAGAAAAGGGAACCAAGGAAAUGUUGAAAAUGUGGAAUGAUUUACCCUAGAGGUAGGAAGACAGAGAAUCAAAUGCAAUUGUUAUCAGGGCUGGAACAAUAUUUUACAUAAUCUAAAAUGUUAUCAAAUGUAAGAUGCACUCAUAUUUUAUGUACUAUUAAGAGAGGAAAAAUGUUAAUUAAUUUAUGGCAUGUUGAUGAUUAUAAGAUGAAUCUUGAUUUUGCCAAUAUUAAAUUGUGAAAAAUAUACAUGUUAGAAUAAAAGAAAUGCAUAUUAUACAAA